AUGUCCUUUCAAACACUUUUCCAAGAGUUAUCUCUUAGAGGACAUUCAGUUACUGUUAUUAAUAACUUUCCAGACAAAGAUCCACCAAAGAAUUUGAGCUUUAUAAACAUGAAUGCCUCGCAACGACAUAAUUUCACAGCGCUGUCUGAAUUCGAGAAGUAUAACCCAUUUUUCAGUGUAUUUUUUAAUUUCUACGCACACUUUACUAAGGGUCCGCAAAAUACAAAAGAGGACUGUGAAAGUUUUUUUGCUAAUGAGAAUAUUAAAGCGAUUCGUGAUAAAGGAGACAAGUUUGAUGUGAUUUUUGUCGAACAGUUUAUAAGUGACUGUGGACUUGUGUAUGCGGCUGUGUUUUAUGAUGCACCUAUUAUAGGCAUUACUUCGCAUACUCUAUUACCAUGGGCUUAUACCAGGCUUGGAAUACCAUUUGAUGUAGGGUCAGAUGCGUUUUAUUUUUCUAAUGCAGGCACAAAUCCUCCGUUACACAAGAAGUUUCAAAGCUUUCUCAUGAACACUUACGCAAAUACUAUCGGUAGAUGGCAGUUGAAUUCUGUGAUUUACCAAGUUUUCAAUCAAUACCUCCCUAACAUAACUUUCGAUAUAGAAAGGAUAGCAAAGGAAAGGAUGGUAAUGAUGUUCUCUAACCAGCACCAUUCGGUCACUGGGGCAAGGCUGCUUGCGCCCAGAGUUCUUGAAAUAGGUGGAAUGCACAUUAAAAAAUCGAAUACUAUACCUAAGAGUAUACAAAAAAUUUUAUCCACUGCGGAACAUGGCGUGGUGUAUGUGAGUUUCGGAUCUAAUCUCAAAGCAAGUACGAUGUCGAAACACAAAUUUCAGCAAUUUCUCGACGCUUUCAGAAAAAAUCCCCAGAAAGUGCUGUGGAAAUUAGAAAAUGCGACACUUCCACCUGGACACGACCACGUAUUUUUAUAUGAAUGGUUUCCGCAAUUGGAUAUUUUGUGUCACCCCAAAGUCUUAGCGUUUAUAUCACAUGGUGGUAUGCUGAGUGUAUCAGAAGCGGCUCAUUGCGGAAAACCAAUUCUAGCCAUACCAUUUUUUGGAGACCAGUUUUCUAAUGCCGCUGCUGUAGUAGACAGUGGACUGGGUUUAACUAUACAUUUUAAGGAUGUAACCGCGGAAAAUUUAGCCGAUGCUAUUAAAAGUUUGACGAGCUCAAGAAUGCAAAACAAUGCCAAACGAGUUUCGACGCUAUGGCAUGAUAGACCGAUGAAUGUAAUGGACAGCGCCAUCUAUUGGACUGAAUAUGUAGCGAGGCACAAAGAUGUAGCAUCUUUACCUACUACGAACAAAUAUUGGUUCGAAAGCUCACUACUAGAUGUCUAUAGUGUGCUUUUAGCAUUAUUAAUCGUAUUGUAUUUAAUUGUAUAUUUUAUUUUAAAAAUAGUUUAUUUAGUAAUGGUAAUGUUGUUGGGUGUACUUGUAACCAAAGAGAUUAAGGAUAAGAAAAAACGUGCG